AUGUCCGUGGAUGAGCCUGAAGCCCCCAUGUACGUGUAUGAGUCCACGGUUCAUUGCACCAACAUCCUCCUGUGCCUCGAUGACCAGCGGAAGCAGGACGUCCUGUGUGAUGUGACCGUCCUGGUGGAGGGCAGGGAGUUCCGCGGGCACCGGGCCGUCCUGGCAGCCUGCAGCGAGUACUUCCUCCAGGCCCUGGUGGGUCAGGCCCCCAAUGGACUGGUGCUCAGCCUUCCCCAGGAGGAAAGUGCACAUGGAUCAACAGUUUUCUCUGCAGUCCCUCGACCGCAGUAA